AGUUGGUCCAUCUGACCGUGACUCGAUUUCAUCGAUACUAUUUACCGCGACUGCCUCGCUGCAGACCCCUUUUUACAAUGUCUUAUCCUGCUUCAGUGGCAAAGCUUACGUCUCCGAUAAAGGAAUUGGUGCAAUCUGUUACCGAGAGCAAUCCCUCAUUAUUUGGAGAAACCGACAAUGACAAGAAGGAGGUCGAGGGAUGGAUCGAAAAAGUAGGCGAGGUAGCGAGACCUGAUAAGCACAAGGACCUGGAGAGUACAUUGACUCCGCGAACAUACAUUGCAACGAACUAUUUUACUGCCGCUGAUGUUGCUCUGUAUGGUGCUUUACAUCCCAUUAUUUCCAAACUCGAGCCUGCCCAAUAUUAUUCCCAUCCAUCUAUUACUCGAUACUUUGAUCACAUCCAGUCCCGUCCAUCAAUUCGCAAAAGCGCCGAUGCACUUUCCUCAUAUCCGAUCGUGACGUUCGACUUUGAAAACGCGCCUAAGCUUGAGCGUGCCGCAGAUCCUCCAAAAAAGAAAGAAAAGGCACCUAAAGCCGCUGCUCCAGAGACUACGAACGUUCCUGUAGCGUCCGAGACACCCAAGGAGGAAGAAAAGUUGCAGAAGGAUAAGAAGAAGAAGGAGAAAGCAGUUGCGCAGUCGCAAGAACCUGGAAAGAACGUAGACAAAAAAGCUUCAGCUGGAGGCAAGACGAAGGCUCCCGCACCGGAUGACGGGGAACCGGUCCCUUCGAUGAUUGACCUGAGGGUAGGCCACAUCAUUGACGUAAAGAAACAUCCGGACGCUGACGGUUUGUACAUCGAGCAAAUUGACCUUGGUGAAGAGACGGGACCUCGGACGGUGGUUUCUGGUCUCGUCAACUACAUUCCAAUAGAACAGAUGCAAGACAAAUGGUUAAUUGCCGUUUGUAACCUAAAACCUGCGAGCAUGAGGGGAGUCAAGAGCUUCGCCAUGGUAUUAUGUGCAACGUCGAAAGACGGCAAAGAGGGUGGUAUCGAGCUGAUCCAACCCCCAUCUAAUUCUUUGCAACCUGGUGAACGAGUAUACUUUGAAGGGGAAGACUAUGAAAAUGCUCAACCUCUUGCGCAACUCAAUCCAAAGAAGAAGAUUUUUGAAACCAUACAACCAGGUUUCAUUACCUUGGACACACGGGAAGCUGCUUGGAUCAACCCCGCGACAAAAAGUGUUCACCGAAUUCGAACCAAGGAUGGUGUGUGUGUCGCACCUACUCUCGUAGGUGGAUCCCUGUCGUAGAGCGCUUGUAGAGACCUAGAAAAGCUAUACACUGUCAUUUGUGGGCGAUGUGCAGUGACAUGGAAUGAUUUUUAAGUUUUUGACUCGGA